GACAACCAGGAAGCUGCGGCGGUGUUUACCUUAGCACUGCACCACCGAGCAUCCUCAGUCUGCGGUGCAAUCAAACCCGAUCUGAGGAGAUGGGUCCGUCCUGAUCGCCGCCUCUCCGCUGGUACUGAGCUGUCCUGUCGCCUCCGUCAGCGCCAUGGCGUCUUCGGGCUACACCUGCGUCCCGGACAGCCCCGCAGAAAAGCGGAGACUGUUGUCCUCCAAGUCCGGCUACGGAUCCCAGGAUGUGCUCGGAUGCACUGGCCUGGCGGACCCCCAGUUCCGCGGGCAGCCACGGGAUGAAGACGAGGAGGAAGAGGCUCUGAGGAGGAAACUCAAGUACUUCUUCAUGAGUCCUUGUGACAAGUACCACGCCAAGGGGCGCAAGCCUUUCAAACUGGGGCUGCAGCUGCUAAAGAUCAUCAUCGUGACAGUGCAGUUGGUGCUGUUCGGUCUGAGCAACCAGAUGGUCGUGACGUUCAAGGAGGAAAACACGGCGGCAUUCAAGCACCUGUUCCUGAAGGGUUACCAGGACAACCGUCCCCAGGCUGUCCACACUCAGUCGGAGCUGUACAGCCGCAUCGGCUUCGUCGUAGAGCAGUACAUGGCUCUACCGCAGAUCGCACUGGGCCGGUAUGCAUACGUGAAGGGCGUGGGCGUGGACGGGAGCGCUCUCUCCCUCUGCCAGAGGUACUUCAAGACGGGCGCCAUCGAUCCCGUCAACGACACGUUUGACAUCGACCCCCACGUCGUUACAGAUUGCGUCGGCCUCGAUCCGACCGCUGACAGCCCUGUGACGAGAAACGGCGACUACAAGAAUUUCACCCUCCAGUUUUACAAGCUGAUCAAUGUCACGGUUGAUUUCCAGCUGAAGGCCAUCAACAUUCAGACCAUAAUCAAUAACGAAAUCCCCGACUGCUACACCUUCGCCAUCACGAUCGCCUUCGACAACAAAGCUCACAGCGGCCAAAUCAAGAUCCUCCUCCAGAACCAGGCCUCCAUAAAGGAGUGCAAAGACACAAACGUGUCCGGACACGCGGAGAGCUACGCCAGAGAGUUCUUCGACGUGGUGGUGGCGACCGUCUGCCUGCUGUCGCUACUGCUCUGCGGCCGCUCCAUCCUCAGAGGAAUCCUCCUUCAACGCGAAUACGUUCAGUUUUUCAAGCACAAACUGGAGCGCAAGGUGAGCUGGGGGGACAGGAUGGAGUUCAUCAACGGCUGGUACAUCCUGCUCGUCAUCAGCGACGUGUUUACCAUCGUCGGCAGCUUCAUCAAGAUCGGGAUAGAGUCCAAGACGCUGUCGUCGUACGACGUGUGCGGGAUCCUGCUGGGAACGUCCACUCUGCUGGUGUGGGUGGGAGUCAUCCGCUACUUCAGCUUCUUCCAGAAAUACAAUGUAACCGGACGUUUUCUUCUACAAGAACCAGGACGUCGCAUCUUCUCUGCGUGUCGGACGCUUAUUAAGUUGACGUCUCUCUCCGCACAGAUCCUGAUUGUGACUCUGAGAGCUGCUUUUCCGAACGUCAUCCGCUUCUGCUGCUGUGUGGCUGUGAUUUAUUUGGGAUACUGCUUCUGUGGAUGGAUUGUCCUGGGCCCCUACCAUGCCAAGUUUCGCUCCCUGUCCAUGGUGUCAGAGUGCCUGUUCUCCCUCAUCAACGGGGACGACAUGUUUGUGACGUUUGCCGAGAUGGAGCAGAGCGGCACCCUGGUGUGGGUCUUCAGCCAGGUCUACCUCUACACCUUCAUCUCCCUGUUCAUCUACAUGGUGCUGUCCCUCUUCAUUGCGCUCAUCACCGGCGCCUACGACACCAUCAUGGCCCAAACGAAGGAGCAGGUUCCGGAGACGGACCUGCACGCGUUCAUCGCGCAGUGCACAGACACGCCCAGUUCCGGCAAGUUCCGCGGGCCGGACGGGUCGUCGUGCUCCUUCCUCUGCUGCUGCGAAUGGUGAGGAGGACGACAAAAUGGAUACACACACACACACAUAAAAAAGAGGAGUGAGUGACAUCUGCGUCAAAAAGCAAAAGGCUAUUACAUUUUUUUUUUUUUAAAUCUUCAAAGACCCACAUUGCCUCUCCGCUGACAGCUGCACUCCUUUCUCCAGACGCUCAGCAGGGACGCUGGAGGCUGGCAGAGCGAACCGCCUGACCUUGGGCCGCUUUUGUCCUUUGGUGCCAGCGUUUCAGUUUUGGAUUCAAAUUCGUUCGGCACAGUCGCACGUCCAAUUAACCUGCCUCCGUUUUUGUACUGUAUGAAUAAUCUGCUGCCUUUCGCUCAGUCUUCUAGGCCUUAGGCUGCCAGACCCCGUAGCGCCAGGAAGCAGAAAUUCAUUGCUCAAGACUGGAAAUGGGGUUCAUCAAGUGGAAUCAGGGCAACGUUUUGCUUGGUUCGUUAACAAAGGCUGGUUUGCUUACUGGUGAGAAAAGAGCAAAGAGAAACACUAUCCACAGUGACACGCCCAGAGGCAUUCUUGUUUGUUGCACCUGGUUGCUAUUAGUUAGCUAACCAGGCUAUACUUUGAAUCAGGCAAAUGGUUGUUUAUUUGGUUUUUAAUUUAAAAAUAUAAAAUUUUACAAUAUUUCCACUGUGAACAACCUCAAUCAGUGAGACAUUGAAUAUCAAAAGUGAGCAAUUCUAGUAUUCAAUAGCAUGGAAGCUUUUAUUUUUAGCUAAUUUGCUCUCAGCAUCAACCUUGGCAAACAUUAGCUAACAGUUAGCAUGUUAGUAACUUUGGGAUGAUUAUUUUAUUCUCUCUUUUUUUUAAAAAACAUUUUAUGAUACUUUGUUACUUUAAAGGGACAGAGAACAUGUUACUGUCUUAACUCAGUUUUGGACAGAUCUUUGUUUUGGGUGAAUGUUUGUGGAAGUUUUAUAGAUUAGUUUAUGUUUAUGAGUAAGACGACCUGAACCUAUUUGCAUUUGAUUUCGACCCUCUUUUUUUUUUUAAGUUGUAGAUUAAACCUACAAAAGGAAAAUCCUAUUGCUGCACUUUUCAAAUUGAUCUUUAUUAUUCUGUAACAUAUAUAUAUUUUUUAAUGUAAUUUAAGCUAGUUUGCGAUCUCAUAGCGUUAACUUUUCCUAACAUUAGCCUCGCUAAUUUAAAAAUGUGUUUACGCUGUGAAAUUUUUACAUUCUUAGUCUUAUUCUCUUUUUGCUCAUUUUGUUGCACUUUUAGAAAAAAAAAAAGUUUUCUCUCAACUUAGUUUGUGUUCAAAUCUAUAUUUUUUCCAUGUUGAGAUUUAACGUAGGCAGUUUUGAUUAUUCUGUUCGUUGUUUUAUAGUUAACUUGAGAAAGUGUGACCGCCAGUUAUUUCGUCUGUAUAUGAAAUGCACUCCUUUGUAUGCCUUUAAAAACAUUGUUUAUGGAAACUUUUGAAAGUGUUCUAAUCAUUCCAGGAUUUUUUUACUUGUUUUCUGUCGUUUGUGGUUUUUAUGGCUUUUUUUUUUGCACUUUAAUUUAAAUACAUAAACUUCUUUUACAAUCACAAAAGUAAUGAUUGUAGUUUAUUUAUUUGCACAGAAAUAGUAUUGUAAAGCUUUACUUAAUUUGACAGUGGCGCAUCAUAGUCAUGAACAACAAAGCGAAGCAUUGUAAAUGUAAUGUAUCAGCCAGUCUGUGUUUAGUUAUAGGAAGGCGUCCGGAUAUUGCUGUGGUUUAAUGUUGGCAGCCAUUCCUCACUGUGUUUGUUAGCAUGUACUUCUGCAUUUUUCAUUUUUACCUCAGUUUCAGAAGAGAUAAUAGCAAAAAGGGAAGCAUUUAGCAUGGAGCGUUUUACAGGGUUCAACUCAGUGUUCUGUACUGAUGCUGUCUUAAUUAUCAGUGCACAUUUCACUUAACGAAACCGAAAAAAGGAUGUGGACUGCUGUUGUUUGCCUUUUAUUUACCGUUUCAAUGACAACUCUUACAUAUUUUUGAAAGAGUUGUUAUUAUAGAGCUUUGACCUCAAUGUUAGGUGAGUUUCAGAGCUUAAAAGAUGGAGAGGUCCUUCUCGUAUUGGUGGUACCAUCAUAAGUUUAGGCAUCAGCUACUUAAAAGGCUAAAUACGCCUGUAGUGUUUAUGCUAACAACUAUUAGCAUCAGGGGCGCAACUUUGUGCUUUGAGGUGUAUGCAGAAACAUUAUAGACGUGCCGCUGCUACAGAUCACGUCAUUAACACAUGCACAAACCUCUGUCACAUAAAGAAAAGUUUGACUAUAGAAAUAAUUUUUAUGCCAUUGUUUUGGCGCCCCCCUGUGCGAAUAAGUACCAAGUAGCAAUACAAGCUAAAAACACUGUGUCUGUAUUUAAUCAAUCCAAACAAUAGGAACAUUUUCACAAAUAGAGGCUGCACAUCUAUUUUGGUGUGGUAAAAAGAUUAAGUAGCAGUCUGGCAGAAGUGCAACAAAAACGUAUUCCCGUUUUGAUCACUUCAAACUCAUGGCAGCCAUGUUGGAUUAGUGGAAACAUUACAUUUAUGAAGAAUUAAAGAGGCUUUUAUUUACUUUUUGCAAUCUGUAAAUCUUUUAUGUUCAACACACAUAACUCAUAUUUUUGC